AAUGCCGAAUAAGGAAAAGCGGAACCGGAAGUAAACACGCGCUGUUGCAGUUUCAUUCUGAAGAUCUUUAAAUGAGGAAGAUGGGAGAUUUAAAAUCAAUAAACUGCGUUAAACUCAUUAUCAUCGCUUUAUUUUACACAUGUGUGAGCUGCAGUUCAGUGGAACAGAAGAUCUAUGUUGAGCUGAACGAUACGGUUCCGUGUGUUCGACUGAUGAACGCCACACAUCAGAUCGGAUGCCAGUCGUCUAUAUCAGGAGACACCGGUGUCCUCCACGUGUUGGAGACAGAAUCAGACCUGGACUGGAUCCUCAGCACUGGAUCACAUCCUCCUUACAUGGUCGUCAUGGAGACGGCCUUCUUCAACAGAUCGGUGAUGUUGAGGAUGAAGAACUCGUCCAGGGUCGCUGGAGUCGCUGUUAUUGUGUCAAACACGGGUCCUGCUGACGGAUUCUCCCCCCACACCACCUGCCCCAACCAGAACACAGGUGUGUAUUCUGCAAGUUACGGCCCUGAACUAGCCAACUGUAACGCCACCGUAUGGAACCCGCUCGGAAACGGACUGUCCUACGAAGACUUUGCUUUCCCUGUGUUUGCUCUGAACGACGAGAAUCAAACUCAGGUUAUCCGACAGUGUUAUGAGCUUCAUAACAAGCGUGUGAACGGCAGCGUUCCUGAGUACCCUCUGUGUGCGAUGCAGCUCUUCUCUCACAUGCACGGCGUGACCGACACAGUGACGUGUAUGAGACGCACAGACCUGCAGAACAGAUUCAGCAUCAACCCAGAGGUUCUGUGUGACCCCUUGAAUGAUUUUAAUGUCUGGGCGUCCACACGGCCCCUCAACAACAGUGCAAAGGGACACGUGGAGAAAGAGAGCGUCGUCAUCGCCGCAACGAGGCUCGACGGCCGCUCAUUUUUCUGGGAGAAGGCUCCAGCGGCCGAGGGAACCGUGUCUGGAAUCGUCACUCUGUUGGCUGCGGUCCAAGCACUUCAUCCUGUUACUCAGGAAGCUCCGCCCCCUCGCAAUAUUUUCUUCACCUUCUUUCAAGGGGAAGCGUUCGAUUACAUCGGCAGCUCAAAGAUGGUCUACGACAUGCAGAAACAGGAGUUUGUUAUCGACAUGAAUAAUGUACACUCCAUGCUGGAAAUUGGACAGGUUGGACUGCACAGUGGGCGUGAACUGUGGCUGCACUCUGACCCCGUAUCCUGUAGCAACCAAAGCAUUGGAGAAGUAGUCAAGGCUCUGGUGAAAAACAUGAGUUCUGUGGCUGCUAGUUUGAACCUCUCAUUGGACGAGCCAUCUGUCAGUCAGCCAUUACCGCCCUCGUCCUUCCAGCGUUUUCUGAGGGCGAGACAGAUCCCCGGCGUUGUGCUGGCAGACCACAAAUCGGCCUUCAACAACAGGUCUGAUCACAACUAAUCAAUGAUUGGGUUCCUUGAUGUUCCAAAGGAGUUGAGCCAGAUCAUGAUUAAUAACUCCUGCUUUCCAAAAAAUAGGGAUGCACUGAUACCGAUACUUUUUCUCUUCCGAUUGCAAUAUCUGAAAUCUCCGUAUCAGCCAAUACCAAUCCCGAUCCGAUAUCAGUAUUGGGCCGGUUGCUAGGGAGGGUAGAGUCACAUGGGGUAACCUUCUCGUGGUGGUGAUUAGUGGUUCUCGCUCUCAUGGGGCGUGUGGCGAGUUGUGUGUGGAUCGGAGAGUAGCAUGAGCUUCCACAUGCUGUAAGUCUCCUUAGCAACCAAAUUGGCCCGGUUGCUAGGGAGGGUAGAGUCACAUGGGGUAACCUCCUCGUGGUGGUGAUUAGUGGUUCUCGCUCUCAUGGGGCGUGUGGUGAGUUGUGUGUGGAUCGUGGAGAGUAGCAUGAGCCUCCACAUGCUGUGAGUCUCCUUAGCAACCAAAUUGGCCCGGUUGCUAGGGAGGGUAGAGUCUCGUGGGGUAACCUCCUCGUGGUGGUGAUUAGUGGUUCUCUCAAUGGGGCGUGUGGUGAGUUGUGUGUGGAUCGUGGAGAGUAGCAUGAGCUUCCACAUGCUGUAAGUCUCCUUAGCAACCAAAUUGGCCCGGUUGCUAGGGAGGGUAGAGUCACAUGGGGUAACCUCCUCGUGGUGGUGAUUAGUGGUUCUCGCUCUCAUGGGGCGUGUGGUGAGUUGUGUGUGGAUCGUGGAGAGUAGCAUGAGCCUCCACAUGCUGUGAGUCUCCUUAGCAACCAAAUUGGCCCGGUUGCUAGGGAGGGUAGCGUCUCGUGGGGUAACCUCCUCAUGGUGGUGAUUAGUGGUUCUCUCAAUGGGGCGUGUGGUGAGUUGUGUGUGGAUCGUGGAGAGUAGCAUGAGUCUCCACAUGCUGUGAGUCUCCUUAGCAACCAAAUUGGCCCGGUUGCUAGGGAGGGUAGAGUCACAUGGGGUAACCUCCUCGUGGUGGUGAUUAGUGGUUCUCUCAAUGGGGCGUGUGGUGAGUUGUGUGUGGAUCGUGGAGAGUAGCAUGA